AUGCCUUAUCGCACUUUCAGGGUAGUGAAAAUUAUAAUGGUAGUUAGUUUUGCUAUUUGCACUUUAGUUUUCCUACUUCUUCCUGGUGAUUCUCAAGGAGGAAAAACUAAAAAAGGACCUUUGGUUACUGAAAAGGUGGGUUCGCAAAGCCGCUUCUCUCUCUCGCGCAAAAACAUUUGGUGGGUUUCACAGUUUUAAGUGCGUCUGCCUUUUGCACAAGGAUAUCAUUCAUUCUGUAGGUUAUGUACCUAGAGUGUUGGCUUUAGUUACAAAUUGAGGUUACCCUGCAGAGGUAGCAGUGGGUUUCGUGGGAAGACUUGGUACACUGAGUAAACAUAGUUUCCUAGCGUUUUUGCCCGGGGGGGUACUGUCGUAUAUGGGCUAUAUGAGUAUGUGCCGCUGUGAAGGGUAUGGUUUUCAAGCAGUUUACUGUAGGAUAGGGUAUAUAAAUCAGAGCGUUUGGGUCUAGAAUAGGGUAUCAUUUUUCAUGAAACUGAUCAGUUCGUUGAAGAUUAAUUUUUAUCUAGACUGCGGAAACCGCUACUCUAGGAUAGGGGGAUUUUGGGAGUUUACUCUAGUAUAGGGUAGCAAAAUUCAGCUGAACUAGCUCUGGUAUAGGUCAAGGGUUCCACGGUCCCAGCAGCACAUCCCCACCCAGAAAUUCCUAAAGUGCCCCCCCCCCCCGGGCGUUUUUGUGAGCAAGCUUAGCAUAUCGUGAGAUGACUCUCGCUCGAGCGACAGAGUGCAUAUUGGAAUGAACCUGCUUGCUAUGAAUAUAACUAAAUUUAUUAUACAUUAUGCUCAUUAACUGUCUUCUUAUUGGCUAAGAGCCUACAGCUAAUUUUGGAAAUCAGCGCAACCAACGUUGCGCGCACAAUUUAUGCAUGAUUUCCACUAACAAUGAUAGUCUUUACACUAGAGCCUAAAUAAGCUAAGAAAUAUUUCAAGACAAGUAAACUUUUAAUUCUUCAAGUGAAAGAAAGCUUCACGCACAACCUAUAUUUUUUACCUCAGGUUUAGUUAAGCCUAUUUUCCCACUGAACAUAAUUAAGAUUGAUUGACAUGCUUCGCCGUUCUCAAAGCUUAAGAACCCACAAGUGCGGGGGGGGGUGGGGUAUUACUUGGGUAUUUUUUGGGUGGGUAUGUGCCGCCCGGGACUCCAAAUUGGCACCCCGUUCUGAAAAAAACUUUCCCCUAAAAUUGAUAGCCCGUUCUAGAAAUGGGCCAAUUUUUUAUAUCCCGUUCUAGAAUUCGCCCUAAAACUGAUACCCCGGUCUAGAAAUGGGCCAAUUUUUUAUACUCCGUUCUAGGGUGCAACAAGAGUACAACAGUUUGCUUGUUAAUGCGCUGAACUGUAUUUUAAAAGCAAUCUGUCCUUGAAUUCAAAUGGCUGCUUACAAAAGUGGAGCUUUCAUGCAUUCGAAAUAUUAUACCCUGUUGUAGAAAACGCCUCUUAAAUGGAUACCCCAUUCUAAAUCAGGCACUUCAAAAUCAUGACCCCUUUGGGCGUCACAUACCCAUAUAGGUAAUGUAUGGGAGUACCCCCCCUCCCCCCAGCCACAAGUUCACUGAGUCCGUUUUAAGGAUGGUUUUCAAGUCACUUGAAACUUUCUUGAAUCGUUUCAACUUUCCGACUUUAAUGAGAUGCAAAGUAUAGUUACUUGAGAUUUUACUUAUUUAGGCCUUCACACAGGCAUUUUUGAUUAAGUAUAACUGAGUCUUACUUAACCCAUUCGCUCCUGGAGAUUUUGCCGAAAAAAGUGUUUUGAAGCUAGUCAAGUAGUUUUCUGGUCACUGUCAUGCUAUAAAGAGCUAAAACUUACCACAAACCCAUUUACAGGUCAUACACUUCACGGCCUUCUGAUCCAGAUGCAAAAUAUAAGCUUACGAAGUUUGGGCAUGCGCAGAAAGCAACAUUUUCGAGAUAGGUUUUGGGUUUAAAAGUGACACAGCAGUCUUGACUUUUACUUAAUUUCGCUUUCUCUCCUCCCCUCUUUUUUCACUUUUCUUGCCUUAUUUGUUUUUCUCUUGCUGGGCAUUUAGUAGGCUUCAUUUUAGUGGGAAACGUUUUUAAGAAAGCUUUUAGGAUCUUAGGAUUAGGUGAAAGGAAAGGUAGGUGGGCCGUGGAACAAGGUUUUCUUGGAAAUUUGCGGGUCAAUGUUACAUGGUUUUUAGCCUUUUUCUGCGGUGUCCUUGACUGAAUUGUGCUCAUUCCGGUACGCUUUGAAAGAUCUCUUCACUCUGCACAAGUUAGCGGACAAAGUUGUCCUUGACCGUUAAAACUGAUGACAUGACAAACAGUAGAAAGGACAUGGAUCUGCACGGGUGGCUCAGGGGCGAAUGGGUUAACAGCCUAGUGUAAAGACAACCAAUAUCAAUUCAGGUUCCUUGUGAUGGUGCGUUUGUCAUUGUUUUCUUCAAAACAAUGUAUGAUAAAACAAUUAUUUGAUUCAGUUUUUAUGAUAUCCUAAAUAAUCGAGGUCUCGGUAAGAUCAGCCUGGGCCUUCAGUUCGGCUGAUGAUACUAACCUCAACCUUGCUUAUUCGGGAUAUCACAAAAACCUCAUCCAAUAAUUGUUUAUUAUUUGUGUAGCGUGGUAUUCCACUUUGGGGGGCUAAGUAAUCCCACGAUUAGUUGUGUAAAGUGAAUCAACAUGUUUACGUUUACAGGUUUUCUUUGAUGUCACCCAUGGAGAUGUAAAGAUAGGUCGUGUUGUCAUCGGUCUGUUUGGAAAAACUGUACCAAAAACUGUUAAAAAUUUUGCUACAUUGGCAACUGGUGAGGUAGGGUGAUCAGGCAUUUAUAUUAUAUUUAGCAUGUUCAUGCUGAUAAUAUGAAAUUAAAUAAGGUUAAAAUCAUUUAUUUAACAGAGCUCAAAAUUGCGACUGAUACAGGCGCAUUUGCAACUGAAAUUUUUGCUUUUGCGACUAAAAAAUGCUGAUCAGUCCCAAAUUUGUGACUAGGUUAGGGCCAGUCAAUUGGUCACUAGCAUUUUCAAGACGACUAUUUUAAGCCUAAGUUAAUAAAGGUACACCAUAUUGAAGAAUAUUGUGUUCUGUUGGAACUUAAAUGUAUGUAAUGGAUGUAAUUUUCCCCAAAUCGCAGCCCUUGAUUUUCGUGUAAUCAUGCAGGUGUAUUAAAAAGUAAAUACUGUGAGUAGGAUGAGAAAAUAUUAUUGUGGUGUAUUAAGGCGUUAAGUUUCUCAGAAUAUUGUCGCAAUUACUGUAACUCUACGGUUAAAUAGAUUCACUUUAUUGUUUGUGUUUAAUUGAUAGAUUUUUGCAGUUGUUAAGAUGUCAAGUCAUGUUGGCACUUUAUUGAUACUUGAGAUAUCAAUGAUUUAACCUUUACGUACUACUGGAAGCAACAUCAUGCAUCUGACGUUACGUAUGUGUCAUGGAUGUGUUUAUAGGGGUAGCUUUGUACUUGACUAUCAUGCAGUCUACUUGCAGCGCCUCAUGUCCAUAGAAUAGAAAACACAUGUAUAUCAAGCUUUUCUGGAAUGGGUCAGUCCACAAAUUCAAAGAAAGCGUUGAUUACUUUGGAACAGUAUUGAUUACUUCUCAGUGGUCAAAAAGAAGAACAAUCUUAAUAAGCAAAACUUCGAGGUUUACUGGAAAACCAGGAGCGAGGAAGGAUCGAAAGUCAGGGAUCGAGGAUUGGUUAAAAAAACUUGAGAAUAAAAUAAAUAAAUUGUGGAUUGUGGUGAUGUGGACCACAGACUGUAGAUAAAAUUUCACAAAACAUAACCCCGCUCGCUGUACUGAGCACUAAAUUUAAGUGAACUACUUUGAGUCUGACUGAUUCAGUGACUGUUUUGGCAAAAACAUGAAAUUUUCCGGCAAAAUGAAACGCUUUAUCCAAGUGAGACCAGGAUAAAAUGCACCCGGUGUACAGCUCUAAACAUUGUACUCUGAGACCACGUAAAUAUCAACUGUACAAAGAUAUUAAAAGCAGAUACUAAGCAGCCAUGGAAAAUGUAAUUUUACUUUCACGCAAUUUUGAUAUUUUAUAAAACAAACAACAAAUUCAACAGGAAUACAUGUGAACUGAAUUAUUAAUUCUCAGUUGUAUAAGGUUCAGCUACACAUUUUUCUUGUGCUAAACAAAAACUGUACCAAGCCGUAUCUUGUCUGCUACAAAUUAAAGAAGCUAUAUAUAUUUUAAAUAUACUGAUAAAAAUCAUCAUUCAAUUUUUUGAGUGUAAAUCCCUGAAAGAGUUCUCCUCAUUGAAGCAAUAUCAAUAUGCAGAAGGUUUUCAAAGUCUUCACACCAGUGUGAAGCUAAGAUGUGCAGCCUGUCUCUCUUUGCAAAUUUUAAGUUUUGAGUAUUAAGUUACAUUAUGACUUAUAACACUCGUUUUGUAUUCCAAACGAAAAAGUAGCAUAACAACACCAGCUGAUAAUAUUUAUCUCCAAACAAGCAAGACUCAACACUACUAAGAGCAUUCUUGUCUUUUUCACAAAAGUUAGUAGUUUGGAUUGUACGAUGUUAUUACUGUCAAACUCAGAAAACUGCAAACACCUGAAAAAUUUCAGGAAUGUUGAUUGUGUACUGGCCAAUCACAAGAAAGUUCAGGAUACGCGAGCAAACCUCAAAACCACAACCUAAUUACCGUUGCUGUUUGCGGUUUAGUUGUCUCACACCUUAUUGGCUAAUUUCUCGCAACACAAUAACAUUCCAUCAAUAUUUUGGUGUUCACGGUUUUGUGAGUUUCAUAGGAAGCUGCUGAAGACAUUUGUGGAUGGUACAUUCCAGAGACAAUAGUGCAUCCGGUACUGAAUAUUUUAACUUAUGUUCCUGUUGAACUGUGAAGAACGAUUCAGAAGAAUUUUUCAUUUGUUUAUUCAGUGAGUAAAUGUUUGCCCUCCUUUCGAUGGUAGUUCAUAUAAGCUGUUGGAGUAAUAAAAUUAAAUGAUGUUAGCUGGUCAAUGACUGUCUAUAAUUACUUGUAUUAUAUUUUGUUUGGUCGCUUGCUUUUGCGACUAAAAUUUUCCAACAUGCGAUUAAAUUUUAGGAUUUACUCGCAAAUUGCGAUGAACAAUCUUUUUUAAUUUUGAGCCCUGUUUAAGGUCCUUAUGUGUGUGAUUAAAUGUAUUCAUAGGUCAGUUGAGAAAUGCACCAUGAGCAACUCAGAUCAUUAAUUAGCAAAGAGAAUGCUGAUGUAAUGGACAUUGUAAAUAGCAGCUGAAAGUGUGGUGUUUCUCUUAGUAGAACAGGGUUUUUGGUAGCAUUUGGAAGUACCGGAUGCAGUGUUUCAGCUGGCAGACAUACACCAUUCGCGCCGCUGAUGCGAACGUUAAGUGCCGUUGGUUGAAUUUUAUUAUCUUAUAGCGGUUAUAAUUUAUUGAGGAAUCACAUCUUCUGUUAUAAAUGUGAUAUAAUUUGGUUGUCUACAUGUACAUUUCAGAAAGGGUUUGGCUACAAAGGAAGCAAAUUUCAUAGAGUGAUAAAGCAGUUUAUGAUUCAAGGUACAAAAAACUAAAUAGGUUAUUAAUGUUAGCUAGUGUGGGUGGUUCCUAUGUGUUUAUUGGGUUCAGAUGCCUUUAUAGUAAACUUUAAGGUUUAAUUUCAUUUCCAUAUAGCUAGUCGGCAGAAAAAUUUCAUAUGUGCCUGAAGUUUCAAUACUCUUUCCCUCAGACUAUCUUUGUAGAUUAGAGUGAACAACAACAGGCUGGGGUACAAACGUUGAGUGUAUUUAACCACUAGAUUUAAAAAUGUUUUACUAUUGCAUAAAAUGCUUCACUUAUUGUGUUUGAAGUUCAGAAAGCUCCAUAGCCAAAGAUCACUACUAGUUGAGAAUGAGGUCUUUACAUUGUGUUUGUGAUAGCACUUUGUUAUAUUUUUUCUCCUAAAUGCAGCCCUCAAUUAAGGGUGAUACAUGUUCACAUGCAUGCCCUGUUGAGUAAAUUUCAUUAUUUUAUGUUCUUGUAGGAGGAGACUUUACCAGAGGAGAUGGAACUGGAGGUAAUCUUUUACUGACUUGGUACUGAGUCAAUGUUUUGUUACUAAAGGUGGUUGGGGAAGAAGUUUCACUGCCUUCUGUUCCUAACUGAUACUAAAUUAUUUACAGCUUCUAAAUCUACUGGGACGUGCACAGAAGACAAAAUUUUGGUGUUGACUUAUAUCACUGUCUCUCUGUUCCACCUCUUUUGCUUUUCUCUCCCCAUUUUUGUUUUGUCUGCUGGGAAUUUACAACCCUUCCUUUCAGUAGGAAAAGUUUCCACAAAAAACCCUGGGGAUCUAAUUUUUAAAAUAAUUUAGAAGGAAGUACUGUAAAAAUGGUGGUGUAGUGGAAUAUGUUUUAAAUGUAUUUCAGUUCAACCAUAUUACAAUUUUGGCUUGGCUUGUUUAUUUGGAAACAUAAUCAGUCAGUUAGGUAUGGAUGCUUAGAUCUCUUCUUCCUGUUCAAGUUAGGUGACAAAGUUGUGUAUGACCAUUAAAACCGAUGUUGUCACAAGUGUUACAAGGGACGUAUAUUCGCAAAACAUGGGCAGUUGCAUUUACAGGCAGUUUAGGUGUGAUUGACUUUAUUGAGAAUAGGGAAUAUUAUCUCUCUUUAAAGAUGUAAGUACAUGAAGAAAUCAACACUUGAAUUAAUUUAAAUUAAGUCCAACAUGUCGGGUUGACCCAUGAAUCAAGAUUGAGUGGCUCACAUAGAAAUUUCGGCUGUGAAGGCUACUUCAUUAAAAGUCAAACUUCUUAUGUGCCGAAGCUAUUACUAAAAUUUCUUUUCACUUGUAAACAUUUGAAAUCGUUGAAUAUCAUGAAAAUGAAUUGAGUCUGACUAAUUAAUUUUGAUGUCUGAAUAAACCGAGGAACUUAUAUCAUUUGGGUGGACCUACAUAGAUAUUAAGUUCAUUUGAUGAAAAAGAUCAACGUUUGAGCAGGGCCUAAAAGGAGUCCAGCCCUGUAGCAUACGUGUACAUGAAUUUUCGGUGGUUAUUUCUGGUACAGAAAGAUAGAAGCUGGGGGUAUUGACCUGAAUAAUAAUACUAUUAUUGCAUGUCAGGCAAGGUUGUGGAAUGUCAAAGUACAGCAUGCCUAAACAAGCAAUAGUUCUGGGAGAGAGGUGUAUGUGAUUUAACUCCAUCACAGGCAUGACUCCCAGUUCAUAUGCAGUGUAGCUGUUUCCUCUAGUUAUCCAUACUUUUUUAUUAUUUUAGGUAAAAGUAUCUAUGGAGAAAAAUUUGACGAUGAAAAUUUCAAGUUAAAGCACCAUGGCCCUGGCUGGGUGAGCAUGGCCAAUGCUGGAAAAGAUACAAAUGGCUCACAAUUCUUCAUUACAACGGUCAAAACAUCAUGGCUUGAUGGCAAACAUGUUGUUUUUGGCAAGGUUCUUGAGGGAAUGGUAAGUUUGAACUGUUGCAUUUUUUUUUUCACUCAUCAGUUAAUUAACAGUUAUUGGACGUGGUUGAGCAAAGUAUCGUGUUUUGUCGGUGGCGAGCAGAUCACUUAUUGAUCUGCGAGACCACAGGUAGCCCAAGCUCGGCGAGCAUCGGCAUUGUUGCGUAACAUUCAAAAUAUAAGGAUUUGUAUGGCAAAAAACCCUAUCGUUUCUGUAACCUAGGAAAAUGAAAGGAUUUCAAUAAAAGACAGCUUACCUUACUUAAAAUGUGUGUUACGACUCUCCAGUGUGGUCCAGGGGCCGAUUUAUGGCCGUUUUAUGGGUUUUAUGUUUGUAUAGAGAGAAAACCGUUCACAUAAAAGCCCGGGCGGGGUACUGCCAUAUAUGGGCCACAUAGGUAUGUGUCGCUGUGAAGGGUAUGGUUUUCAGGCAGUUUACUCUAGGAUAGGGUAUAUAAAUCAGAGCGCUUGAGUCUAGAAUAGGGUGUCAUUUUUCAGGAAACUGAUCAGUUGGUUGAAGAUUUUAUCUAGACUGGGUAAACAGCUACUCUAGGAUAGGGGGAUUUGGGGAGUUUACUCUAGUAUAGGGUAGCAAAAUUCAGCUGAACUAGCUCUAGUAUAGGUUAAGGGUUCCAGGGUCCCAGCGGCACAUCCCCACCCAGAAAUUCCUAAAGUACCCCCCCGGGCAUAAAAGCCAUAAAACGGCCAUAAAUCGGCCCUUGGACCACACAGGAGAGACGAAACACACAUUUUAAGUAAGGUAAGCUGUUUUUUAUUGAAAUCCUUUCAUUUUCGUAGGUUACAGAAACGAUAGGUUUUUUCCCAUACAAAUCCUUGUAUUUUGAAUGUUACUAGCCUGUGAACAGGCCUUUGGUUGAGCGGGGUGGGGAGAGAGAAAAGCGAAAAGGCCCUCCCCUCCCUUCCCCCCUUUCCCUUCUCUUUCCUUGCUAUUUUUCCCCAAACAGAGAGCCUGUUCACAGGCUAGAAUAAGAAUGUUACACAACAAUGCCGAUGCUCGCUGAUACUUAAAUUUCGAGCUUGGGCUACCUGUGCCGAGACACUGACAAAUCACGAUAUUUUGCGAUAACCGCGGAGGUCCAUAAUAGUUGUAUCAUACAGACACCGAGUUUGUUUUUUGAUAAGUAUUACCGACGACGAAAUUUAGCAAGAAAAACGAUAUUUAGAGUAACAUCAAAUGGUCUGCGAUAUGAAGAAAACCACCCUAGCUGGAGAGAUACAUUUACCAUCCAUCUUUUAUGUAGCUUGCCCUUUAAAAGCGCGGACUGUGGUGUCGCCGGAAGGACGCAUAGUGUACCGUCUGUUGUCAGCUUUAUACAGCGAUGCGUUUAGGACAAGUUGGUUUUUAUAGUGUAAGUAAUUGAGAUUUUCUUGUAGGAUGUGGUGGAACAGAUGGAGAACGUUGAUGUGGACGGGAGCAGCCCGAAGAAGGACCUCUUAAUCGCAGAUUGCGGCACUAUGGAAGUUAAUCCGCCAUUCAACAUAGAAAUUGUAAGAGAGUGAACAACAGAAGAGUGCAUAUUUUCUGUUCUGUAACUCGGACGUUUUGAUAAUGAAAUAAAAAUGUGUUUUAAACAUAGGCUUUGUUUGUAAACACACACAGGCUUUUUGUACUUAUGCGUUUACUUCCUCGGAAGUCCCUAAAUCUAAAUUGAUAACCGUAUCAACCUCUCAUACGGGAUAUAUAUGAUACAGGAGUAUGAUCAGCGGUCUUAGUUAUAAUAGUGGCUAGUGUUAGUAAUCCUUAAAAUGUUUAAAUUAGAUGGGCCAUUUUUAAAUGACUGGGUUGAGGUUGCACAGCGCAAAGUUAACGGUAAUGAGUUAAAUUCUUGAAUUGUGUGUGGAAAAAAAGAAGAUCGGUAACAGUUGGUAUUUGAUUGUAGUCGAAGAUAUGACAGAUGAGAAGUAUGACGUGUUUGGCAACCACUUGGCAGGAGGGGUGAAGUGGAGGUAUGGACAACACCGUGGACAAUUGUGUAUACCUGUAUUAGGCGGACACCGUAUUAAGCGGACACCCUCUGUUAAGCGGACACUAGCCGAAGUCCCCAAAUUUAUUUCCCUUAUUUACUUUAAAUGAAACCUUUAUUAAGCGGACACCUCUAUUAAGCGGACGCGGACACCUAAAAAGUACCUGAAAUGGUCAUUUCUGUUGUUGCCAACCUGUAUUAAACGGACACUUGUAAUUAAAUUCCACCACCCAACACGCUAGACACCGGAAAUGCGAAAGAUUGCCUCGAAUUAAAAAACAUGACUUGGCGAACUUAUUUGAUUAGUUUCACAGUACAGUAUUGUUUUCUAUUUCGUUUUGUUUGUAUAGAGCUUGUUUCACUCGUCUGAUUUCUUCAAAUUUGAGUUGCAAUCUAUGUUUAUGGUACUAUGAUCAAUUGGUCCACUUUGAUAAAGAAAUUAAUGCAAAACGUACAUUGUCACAGUCUCUGGCAGUAUUCUAAACGUUUCCAUUGUUCAUAUGAAUGGCAUUUGACACCUCAUAUGACGUUAUCUAUCGAAACUUAAGCGGACGCUACAGCAUUCCCCGAGGUUGUUGGCUUAAUACAGGUUUCACUGUAUAAGCGUCAGCGUCAGGCAUGCUAUCUCUCUACGCUCCUAAAGCGACUACCAACCGAUAUUACUAAUCAUGUUCGUCACAAAGCGAGCUGCUCGUCGUUGUACCUUCUCAAGUAAUAAAAUGUGAUAUGGUGAUAUGGUGACUCCAAUCUAAAUGGUUAGACAUUCCAAGUCCUAAAUAUUUGUGUUUGGCAGAUAACUCUAGGGGCGUGUCUUGAAAGGAGGAUGUCGUGAAAGUCACACCUGGGCGGUACGCAAAAGGGGACGCGAGACAAGGGACGCGUCUCUCGAGGCUCUGCUGUUCGCUCGCAUAUUCUCUUUCGCCUCCAUUCCCUCGCCAGUUGAAAUCGAGACAUUGCUCACAGGCUAAGUAGUGGGGGUGAGUCCUAGCUCACAAACCAGUCCAGAUGUUUCUUAAACGGAGGGUUUUAUUCCAUUCUCUCAAAACUAUUUAUAAAGUUGAACUGGAAUAGAAAAACCUGAAACGUAAAAUAUCCUUCUGGGUGAUGUAAUUACCUCGGGCGGAGGGCUUAAAGUAAAACGGGGGCCUUUGGUUAGGCCCCUGGGGUCAUUUGCAUAAAACUUGACACUAACUUUUGACGUUAAAUGAAGGAUUUUGACAAAGCUGAACUUCAGACGUUAGCGUUUACGUCCGACGUUGAUAUUUUUAAAGUAAUUGGCCUCUGGAGGGAGAAUGAUCCCCCGCUCCAGGCGGUGAAGGUAGAGAGAUUCCACGCUCCAGGCAGGGAAGGGAAUGAGAUCCCUCGCUGCCCCAGGCGGGGAAGGGAAAAGAAGAUUUAGCCUUCACUUCUUGAACAAUGCGAUGAUGUAGCAUUGAUCGGAUCUUCGACCUGAACAUCUUUCUUUACUGCGCUUUUCACAAACAUGCGAACUCUAAAGAUCAAAAGCCGCCUUCACAAUUGCGUUUUUCGCUGCUGUCAAUCAUAAUUACGAUCACAAGCAACGAACCUUGAAACACAGAAACGCACAAAACGGAUCGAGAUCCACCAAUCACAAAUCACAAACCUUGACCUUUUGAACCCGUUAAAGUAAAGUUUUGUUUCCUAAGAGGUCCGUUAAGAUGAUUGACGGCAGCGAAAAACGCAAUCGUCAGUUGGCUUUUGAACUUCAGAAUUCGCAUGUUUGUGAAAAGCGCAGUAAGGUCUGGUUUAUGUCACUUGUUGAUUAGUUGAAGGCAAGAAGUGUUCUUAACUUUCAAGCCUUGUCCUUGUCAGUCCCAAGCGGUAUGCACCCACAGCAUCGUGAAAUGGGGACUCCACGUAAUAGACUAGGUUUUCAUCUAGGAGGACAGGAAAUGAUGCAGAUGAGCAAGUUACUGGGUCAGAUCGAAAGUUUAAUGUUGAUUUGCUGGCUGAACCGUGAGAAUCACUGAUCCCUAUGAACGCUGCUGGCGCUAGCUGUUGUAUCCCGAUCCUGAUCAGAUUCCUAGACUCAAGAACGCGACGUCUGGGAGUCAGUCCACAGCUGUUGUACAGUAAGCUGUCUCGUGGUGAAACAUUGACUCGGAAUGUAAUGUAUUAUAUCCAGUAUAUUGUAGAGAAAUUGGCACUCUUUAUUGUUCGUGUAUGAAGGGUGUGAGUUUACUUGGACCACAGUUAAUAGAGUGGAAUAGUUAUGUAGCCCGUCAGACUCCUUUGUUAUGAGCGUUUGUUCACAUGACCGAUCGUCCUAAUAAUUUAUUUUGCAUUUAUUUAUUUAUUUAUUUAUUUAUUUGAUGUUUCUCGCCUCUGAUAACCAUUCUCGUCUACUUCCUGUGGUUGGACGAACUUGUAUAGCUGGGCAGCCUUGAAGGCCGGGGCAGGCUAGAGUUGCUCAUUUGUUGGCCGUAAACAAGCCAAUCUUUGGGAUGAACCUUCUUGUAGAAAUAAAAACCUUUUAUUGAUACAGUCGACUCCCGAGGAUUCGAACCCACCUCGCCCUAACUCCAACCAACCUUUGAUCUCCUUCCGUCUUACAUGUACUGUAAUUUUACCCUCGAUAACUAGAACAUCCCGUUACGCGAAGUAAUUUUUGUUUCCCCUCCAAUCAUUUCUAUAUAAUUUUACCCCCGAUAACUCGAACCAUAUUUUGAGCCCUGCCUUAAAAAGUCGGGGCAAAAAAACAGUGUACCGGGUUCCGAAACAUUGAAUUUUGAAUUUCCCAUUGACGUGUUGUAGGCCUUUACUAGUGGAGGCUGAUGUUGUUUGUUACAAUUCUAACGUAAACAGCUUUACUUAACUCAUGCUCUAUUUAGGCUAUAUUUUGCUACGCUACGUGUUGAUUAAUAAUCUAGAAGUAUCUUUCAAUUUUCUCUUAACAUUUCUACAAGUAAAUGUGGUUAAAAUGUUCACUUUCGGGAGCCUUACGGGCUCCUGUCACUGCACAGUACUAGAGAAAAACUGUUUUUUUUUGUUUCCAGCUAUUUUCUCCGAGCUCCCGAUAACUCGAAUUUUUUUUUAAUUUCCCUUGAAGGUUUGACAUAUCGGGAGUCGACUGUAUAGUCAAAUAUGAUGCCUAUGCGUUCCGCGUGCCUCCGUCUGGGAAUCUGUAAAAAGCCGGCUCUAGGAAAAGGACACUAUAAUUCCAUGGGCUCUCUUCGCGAUCUUGUAAAUGGUGCAAAGCCAAAGAUCACGAUCUAGGAGUAAAAAUCGUUGGACGAAAAUGUCGAGUCUGUUUGUGCCACCAAAAUGAGUCAAAACAUGGUACAAAAAGUAUGAAAAUUGUGAAUUAUAUUGACAGACACAACUUUGUUGAAAUGAUUUGCUUACCAAGUCCAAUCGUACUGAAAUACAGACUUAUAAAGUAGAGGAACGAACUUUUGGGACAUCCUCUAUAUACGUUUGCCCUCUUGUUUUCAUGGUAAAUUUCAAUCCUUAGACGGCUUUAUUGUAAACCCGUUUCCAUUCUCGUCAUAACCUGGAUGACUCUGUACUUUAACGUAGACCCCGUUGAUAUGAAGGACAGUUGUUGCUAAAGAGGGUCACCCUCUCAGCCGAGUCAACAUAAGCGAGCAGUCAGACUGAAAAGGUGGACGCCUUUGCACGAGCCAACAUCGCUCACACACGGGCACAACGCUAGCUCAUACUCCGAUUGUCUCACCUUGACCCGAGCUGACCCAUAGCUGGGCGAGCCAAAGUAUUUACAUGGAGAAAAGUUGGCCUGGCGUGGAGGGUAACCCUACUAUUGAAAAUAGUUGAACCGCCUUCAAUCCGAGCCAAUUUUUUUGUUUCUCGUGUAAAUGAUUCGUCACGUUUUGUUAGGAAAUGUAUGAAAAGUUGGCUCAGUCGCCCAGUGUAGCUUAGAUAGGGGAGUGACCCUUCUACUCGGGACGGGGUUUCUUUUUAAACGGGGCCUUACAACUUGUACAUUGCGUACGGACGCUGAAAUGAGUUACUGAAAUUAGAGGAAAGAAGCUUUUCUUCGCCGCUGUCUUUGCCUCCCUUGUCCCUGCAAAAAAAUGAAGAAAAGAAAGUAUCUCUUUCUGAAGUGUUAAAAAUUCACAUUUUUAAAACGUGCUCAGUGUAAAACCUUUCAUGUGAAAAUGAGUUUUAUUUGCAUGAGAAUAAAAAGAUCAUUUUCAUAUCAAUAGCUUCGCCGUUGGCCUCCCUUUGAAACAGAGGCCGUGACCGUUGACCGUGUUCCAAGACGUCGACGACAGAUAUCAAGGUUUGAUACUUGCAAAAACGCAUUCGAUGGUAAUGAGCACGUCAGGAGCCCAUAACUAUGAAAUUCUCAAAUAUCAGUGGCGGAUCCAGGGGAGGAGCGCCCCCCCUCCGCUCCUUAUCUGAAGGUCUGGAUCCGCCACGGAAUAUUACAAGAAGUUCCUCAGUAUUCAGGGAUCUACCUAUUUGUCAGUAGACAUUAAAAAGUGGAAAAAGUAUAUGAAAAUAUCCCCUUUGAAGAAUGGCCUGCAACUUCAAAUUCUGUCUUAGCUUUUUGCAACCCUCAGACAUUACCAGCCAUUCACAAGAUCCUUACCACUCCUUUUCAGUACUACACCCGUGGGAAGUGUUUCUUGUGAAUGCUCUUUUUUUUUUUGCUGUGAGGUGUCUCAAAUUUUGGAACCGUUCUACAAUGACUGAGGAACGCUUGAGUGGCCUAGAGAUGCUUAUCAUUCACCGUGAGACUAAUUACGUACGGAAUCUGAGGUCUGAUUCAUUUACCCAAUAAAACGAAACUGGCGCCAAGUGACCCAACCACACACUUCUUUUGAACUGAGCCCUCUGUGUGAGUAUUUAUACCGUCGUCUAUCGAUGAAGGGAAAUCCAUUUGAAGACAUUCUAGAAUAAAGUGGUCAGAUAUUGAUGCAUCAGCAAUAGUUUACAAAACGUUUACUUUUGACGGAAUAUCAAUGAAAAUUAGCAUUUCCAUGUCUCCGCAUCUCUGUAUUCAUUUCAAAAUGUUCUGAAAGAGAAUCUGCUCCAGCCUCGGUUCCCCCUCCCCCCAGUUAAAAAUAUCUAGCUACGACCUUGAAACAAACUUUUCUCUCACAAGUAUAAAAUGUGAAGCACGGUGAAGGUCUUGUUCACAAUCAGUCAACCAAUAAAAAUUUUACAAUUACGUCUUCUAGGAAUUCCUUGAGCUUUCCGGGAAUUUUUGCCUUUGGCGUCGAUGAUUGGAUCGUUCGUUCACUUUAUCUUGUAUAUAAUUAAAGUAACCGGUAUUCUUUUACAACACACCAUAACAAGAACAGACGUUGUUUUGAACUGAUACAUACCGAGACCUACCGUACUAAAAAUACAUAAAAGCUGGCAGCUGGGCCAAAACUGGAGGGCAACAACGGUCAUGAGAACAGUAACAACCGGCACAACAUCCCCUGAAAAAACCCGCGGAACUUUCCGUAUGUUUAUUUCUUUCCAAUAUAAAUCUAUUUUUAGUAAGAGCGCUUUCAAAACUCCAAGAGCCCCAGCCACUUACAGUUCAGUCCAACCAUCGAGUUGGCUUCCUCAAGAGUAAAUACGCAAUCCUCAACGGCUCAAGGUUACUUGAGUACGAAUAUAUUCGAAAGUACAACGCCAAACUGCCGGUAUUUAAUUUUUAAACGUUGAAUGCUCUUGAAGUGCCUUUAGACUGCGACAAUGACUAUUUCAACUCUUUUGCUUUUACUUAGCUUGCAAGUGAAAAUCUGUUAUUUCUCAUCAAUGUUUAACUAUUUUUAAAUCUAAAACUGAGGAAAGCCCGCUGGAGAACUGGAGAUGGUGGUGAAAUUUUAGCUAAUGACGUGCCUUCUAAGAAACCUCAUAACUUUCCUAGAAUGUAAGCCACUGGAAUCAAUGAUUGGCUAACUCGUCCAUUAAGGUCGCGGAAUAAUUCUGAUUGGACGAAAUGUCACCCACUGACGUAAAGCUUGUACUAAGUUGUGUUUUCGCUUCACGGAUUUCAGUGCGAGUGUGCAGGUUUUUACUGUGUUAUAGAAAUCAUUAUUGGUAAGCAGUAAGAAUAUCUAGCAUUGAACUGAACCAUGUCUAGUGGAAAGGUAAGUUUGAGUAUACCUAGCUAGUGUUUCCUUUUCUCAUUUACGGUCUAGUUACUAAUUUCUCAUGUUACAUUCUAUUUACCACCCCCAUCGUACCUAUGCUUCCGUUCACUUCCGUCUGUAAACGUUUCUCAAAAAUCAUCUCCAAAGUCAAAGUUCUGGUUCGCGAGCCCAGUGUAAAAGUGAAGCCUGUUUCAGGAGUAUAUCAAGGUCGUAAUUACCUACUUUUAACUGAGAAUGUAUCGGAGGCAGAUUGCAGCUUGAUCUUCUUCGGGAAUGGAAGCAAGUGUUCGAAUAACUAAAUGUCUCCGAUUAGAUUUUUAAUACUGUACGAGCUUGGGUGGUUGACAGUGAUAGUGCGUUCAGAUGGAUACUAACGAUGACUUUUAAAAUUAAUGUUACAAAUCAGACGCCAUAUCAGGGAAACAGACGUUGCUUUGGAGAAUACAGAUGCCCACAGUGCAAUAGACUGUGGAUGAGUGCCAACAGUUGGGCCAACACCGGUCAGCAAUGUCAGUCCUGUAACAUUAUUGUAUACCCACACACACAACGUCGCCUGGAAAAACCCGAGGGACUGGACGUUGGAGAUCCCAAAAAACGCCACCCGCAGCAUUUGUGCGAGAAAUGCAAGAGAUUAGGUUACUUCUGUGGAGAUACAGAUCGCCGCUAACGCUACUAGCACAACUAAAAGCAGCCACAACUGUGUUAUAUGCCGUCAAACACAAAAUCAGCUUAUUAAUGUUUGACUUACUAGCCAAGGGUUGGUCAAUAAUCCUUUCACAAUUGUAACUACUUACAAGUGAAU